ACAGCACUGCACGCAGAUUAUAAACAAUUCGUUGUGUAUCGUUCAAAAAAUAACUAAUUUAGUUUAAAUAAUGGCCGAUGAAGUUAGUGUAGAUGCAUUACCAUAUAUUGAUCAUGGAUACGAUGAUGUGGGCGUUCGAGAAUCGGCACUAGCUAUGGUCGAGGAGGAAUGCCGGCGAUACCGUCCCACAAAGAACUAUCUGGAUCACCUGCCCUUACCGGCAAGUUCACCAUUCGAGACACCGCUGAUGAUAAAUGAAUUUGAGCGCAUACAAAACCGUCUACCUAUGGAGACACUCUCAAUGAAGCGUUACGAACUGCCACCACCACCGUCUGGCAAGCUCUCAGAAGUAUCAGCUUGGCAAGAGUCCAUUGAGAACUCAAUGGCGCAGCUGGAGCAUCAAUGGGUGCGCUCACUAAACCUAGAACUGAUGUUGGACUACGGCACUGAAGCAUGGAAAUCCUACCUCGAAGUAUUUACAGCCAUGCAGGCCAAAGCUCAGAUACAAUUGCAACACAUAAAGAAAGACAUGCAGGAUGUGAACUGGCAGCGCAAACAGGCACAGACCCAAGCUGGAGAGAAACUGCGUGCUCUUGAAGCGCACUGGGUGUUGCUUGUCUCCAAAAACUAUGAAAUCGAAACCGAGUGCGUUGAAUUAGAGAAAGUGGUCCAAGCUGCCCGCGAGCAACUUGAGAAACUUGCACCGCCAAACAACGAAGAGACUCCGCCGACGGAGCAAACAAAUGGACAUGUUCCAAAAGCAGAAAGCAAUGAAAAUGAAGAUGUUGAUGAUGAUGACGCUGAGGAAGAAGAACAAGAUGAAUCCACAAACGGAACGUAAUGUCGCUGCAGUUUUAUUAUAAUUUGUACAAUUUUAAAUACAUAUAUUGAGUCAUAUAACAA